GAGAGAAUCAUAAAAUAAACGAGGAGCUAUUCUGGCAGCGGUAGUGGCGCUCUCUCUCUCUCUCUCUCCCUCCCACGUACCGCUUUAGCCGACAACAAAUUCACACAGUAACAAUCAUUCAUCUCUGCUUGGAACAACAACACCUCAGUACGACCACAGAAACCACCGGACUCUCACUUCAGCGCUCCUACUUUUCUUUGAAAAUCCGCUCUGGACUCGCAAGCAACAGCACAAUAUUGGGCAGCUACCGCGACUCGUUCUUCUCCCCUCAUCAUCUGAAUGACGGGCGGACGGUUCGACUUUGACGAUGGUGGCACAUACUGCGGUGGCUGGGAGGAUGGGAAAGCCCAUGGACAUGGCGUCUGUACCGGGCCCAAGGGCCAAGGCGAAUACUCCGGGUCCUGGAACAAUGGUUUCGAGGUAGUGGGGGUUUACACCUGGCCCAGUGGAAACGUGUAUCAGGGCUACUGGGCACAGGGGAAACGACACGGACUCGGUGUGGAAUCGAAGGGAAGAUGGAUUUAUCGUGGCGAAUGGACUCAUGGAUUGAAAGGUAGAUACGGGGUCCGGCAAAGUCUCCACACGCCUGCCAGAUACGAUGGGACGUGGAGUAAUGGUCUGCAAGAUGGAUAUGGAGUUGAAACGUAUGGUGACGGAGGUACAUACCAGGGACAAUGGAUAGGAGGAAUGCGACACGGAUAUGGUGUGAGACAAAGUGUGCCUUACGGAAUGGCUACGGUUAUUCGUUCGCCCCUCCGAACCUCGCUGGCCUCGCUCCGCAGCGAACAGAGCAAUGGCACCGUCCUCCAUGCCAACCUCGACCUGUCAGACAGCCCUGCCGGCAUCAGAGGAGGCUUUGUUCUCAACUUCCACAGUGAAGGCGAAGGUGAGAAGAAAAAGGGCCUGUUUCGUAGAGGGUCCCUGUUCGGAAGCCUCAGAAACCUCAGAAAGUCAGACUCCAGGUCGUCCAUAUCGAGCAAACGCAGCUCUGCCCCCAGUGAUGCCGCCAGCUCCAUCAGCCGAAUCAGCUCCAGUGAUGCCAACUCCACCAUCAGCUUUGGAGAUGGAGUUGAUGAGUACAUGCCCCUGGAGGACAAUGUAGAUGCCACCACCACAGAGUCCUACAUGGGGGAGUGGAAGAAUGACAAGCGGAACGGCUUUGGUGUCAGCGAGCGUACCAACGGGAUGAAGUAUGAGGGUGAGUGGAUGAACAACAAACGCCACGGCUACGGAUGCACAAUGUUCCCAGACGGCAUCAAAGAAGAGGGGAAGUAUAAAAACAAUGUGUUGGCGCGAGGCAUCAAGAAGCAGCUCAUUCCUCUCAAAAACACCAAAACUAAACAGAAAGUGGAUCGGGCUGUGGAAGGAGCCAUACGGGCAGCAGCUAUUGCCAGAACAAAAGUAGAAAUAGCCACUUCAAGAACAGCUCACGCCAGGACUAAAGGUGACGCUGCUGACCAGGCUGGUCAGUCAGCGAGUCAGGACUCCGACAUCGCCAGGGCAGUGGCUAGGGAUCUGUCCCCCAACUUCCAUCAGCCAGGCCCUGAUUAUAUAAAGCAGAGGUUCAACGAACCGAUAGAACCUAUUGUUCAAGAGGAGAAGAAAGAAAAGACCCCUUCAAGUAGCCCUCAUUUCUACCGUAAAGGCACAACCCCAGACAACUCUCCCACCGCGAGUCCACAGUCCUCUCCCCCACCAACACCCCCGUCAACACAUACCCCGGAGCCCAAGAAGAGCUUCUUCAGCAAGCUCGCCCCCAAGCCAGGGAAAGAGAACAAGACCCCCGCAGCAGAGAGCCAGCUCCCGGUCAUCACAAAGGCAGUGUCUAAGACAUCGUUGAAACAGGAAGUAAGACAGGAAUUGCCUCAACCGAAACCGUUCAAAAUGGAGGAGUCAGUCCCCAUCAGCCCUGGCAAUGGACAGCUGCACACUGACACUGAGUACCACGGCUACUAUGUGAAGGCAGACGUGAAGAUCCCUCAAGACGAACCUGAGGACGUAGAUGAGCAUGUUACCCCGUCCGCCCUCACCCGGAUGCCACCGCCAGCAAAACCUAUGGCGCAGUACAGGACACCCACCCCAAAACCUAUAGCGCCAAAGUCGGUAUCCAAAGAAAGCAAACCUGAAUCAAGACUUAAGAAACUAGAUUCGUAUAAGCCAAGAAGUCUAGCAGAAACUAGGAAACAAGCCAGCUUGGAGAUCACCACGGAUUUCGUAGAGGAAGAGUCAGGUCCAAACUCAAUACUGGUUGCCCUUGUAAUGCUGUUGAAUAUUGGUCUAGCAAUUAUUUUUGUCCAUUUUUUAACCUGACGAAAUCUGAACUGAGUGAACUCAUCAAAACUAGUGGCGCAGGCCCCUAUCUCUGCAGUUGCGUCAAUGGCCUUUAAAAAUGGCGCCGGUCAGGCACAGACACAGGCAAAGAAGGACUGGAAAUAAGAGUGAAACACGGGAGAAAGAUGAGAACAGGACCAUUCGGCCCCGACGCUGCCCCGUUUUGCUGGCGAUGAUUUGUGACACGCUUAGGUUCUGUGAAAUCUGAAGCAAGCAGUCAUUGCGAAAGCAAAAAGAAAUAUCUGCUGAUCCAAGCUGUUACCAGUCAAGUGAGUUGCCACUCCAUCUGCCCUGACAGGGGGAAUUUGGAGGGGUGGGGGGGGGGGCUUGACAGGAUAUGUUCGGAGAUGCACUUUUAGUUGACGGAAGCUAACAGCUGCCUUACUAUUUUGCCAUCUGACGUUUUAGUGGGUAGAGGCAGUGCACAAGGCUGCCAGAGGAAUGUGUUUCGGCAGGCUUUGCUGCCGUGGGAGUGUUUCUCUGUGUUUGCUAUAAUAUUCACUUGGUACAUAAGAAAUCAUAUUUUUUUUAAAGUCGCACUCACCAGUCUUAUUCCAUUCCCCAGCCUUAUCUAACUUCUCCUGUUGAGACAUGCUUGUGCGUGGGCCGUUUCAAGUGCAUUUGUUUUGUGUAUUUGUUAGUAACUGUUCGUUUUUUCAUGUUUUUUCCUUUGUUUAUCCUUAGGUAUUACAAAUUAUUAAGAGAGCGUUUUAUUUAUUUAAGUCUAGUCCAUGCAUUUCUCAAACUUUUUUAAGAUCCUUCAAAUCCAAAAGGAAUUUCCCUAACGCCUAUGCUACACAAAGCACUUCUCAUUUGAAAGAAAUUGAAAUGUUUAAUUCCAGUUAUUUCUACAUUGUCAAAUUUGAGAGUAAUGUAUAUGAAAUUGAAGCAUCUUAGCAGUAUACAAACACAGAUUGUGCGUUAACUUUUGACUAACCAGCUUGUUUUUUACUAACCAGCUAUUGGCUGGCUACAUGUAACACAAACGUAUGAGAUUACAUAGUGAAUCAACACUGAUUUGUGAUUGAAAAAAAAAUUGACAUUUAUUUUCUGAUUAAGGGCUAACUGGUGAUAUUGAAUAACUUUCCUCGUGAUUCAAGUUGUAUCUAUCUUUAACCAGCCACUGAUACGGUUUGUUAACGUAGCUACUCAUUGACAGUGUUAUUUCUGCACACUGACCCUAUAUUGCAUCAAAUGAGUUGUUUGUAAUUUGAUUGAUUUUAACAUAAAAAGCAAAAGGGCUGUAGUUUUGGAAGUGGGUUGCACUUCGUUAGAUAUUUUUCUUUUUUCAUUGUGCAAUCAAGGAUCAAUGUCCCCCAAAAAUAGUGGUCUAAAUUGUUUUGUGAGAUAAAGGCUUAAUGGUUAAUUUUGCAAUUGUACAUUGUCAAAUGGAGGCAUAAUGACUUGCCAACUUGAUUUCUUCUUCCUUUGUUCAAAUUUGUAUUGAUUUAUUGCCACAUGAAUAUGACAUAUACAGUAGAUUGGCGCAUGAAGAGAAUACAUUAGAAUAACGUGAUUAGUUUGGUUUGAUUUUAAUAGGAAAAUAUGCAAUUGUGUCUUGUAGAAUAUCGUUGAGGAGUUGUUUGAUUUAGUCAUAUAUGAGUAAACUAUUUGUGCAUGGGUUGGUUGAUGAAAGUCACAUUUGUUGCUUAAUAGUUGAGUCUUUAAUUUGGCCCGAGCCAACACCCCACCAACACUGGACCUCAUCCUAACUUGCACCGUUGUGAAAGGAGUCCAAUGCUCAGAGCCCCUUUCUGCAAUUACACCUUGUUAUGUGUGUUGAAUACAUUCAGAUAGAGUAAAUGGUUGGCUAAAUGUUUAGAUGAGUAUCUGUCAGGACUGUUAGAACAUUAGAAUGUUCCAGUUUACCUUGGGGAAGACAGAGGAGAGGGAGUGCAUUGGUCUUAAAUAUGAAAGUCUAAUUACUGUAUUUUGUCAUCAAUGUAUUAUUAAUAUUUUUUUGUGCCUAGUUAGCUAAGCAUGAAGAUGUAUUUUUAUUUUUGGAAUAAUAAAUGUUAUUUUUUCUCAGUUAAAGUUGAAUAAAUAGAAUGAAAUGUAUCAUAUUUAUAAAAGCGUACAUUUUAGUUAACUGUUGACAGGUGUAGGAGAUGCAUUUUCACUGGUUAUGGUAACAUUUUCAUUGCAACAUUGCUAAGAGUAUGGUAUGAGGAGUUGAAGAAUGUGUUAGUUGGAUUUCAGGGCAGUAACAUUGCGAUGUUUUACAGAGGUUUGGUCAUAGACUGCCACAGAGAGUAUGUGAGAUGGGAAGAAGACAGUAUCAGAAGGGAAAAUGCCUCCAGAUAUAUUUAUUACUACUUCUCUGAAUGUCAAGUAAUAAAGAACACUUAGAGCACAGCGUUAAAGAGCACAAGCAACGUUCAAAGUUGAAAGUUCAACGAUGAAUGAUCAAUAAAUGUAUUUUUCUUGUCUAAACUGUAUUUGCACACAGCUAUGUAUAAGGCUAUUUUCUACUAAUUGUACCUGAUGCUCCAUACAUUUUUUUGCCCAAAAUGACGAGCUGUUGUUACUUUUUACAGGCAAAGUAAUAGUCGUUUUAUGUAUGAUUGUAUUUUUCUAAAAUGUGUUUUGGAAAACUAGCCUGUAAACUUUUGGAAAAAUGUAACUUACCAUUUGAUAGAUAUUUUUAAUUUGUGAUUUUAAUAUCAAUUCUAUAUUUAUGAACUGUUGCCAGGCUUACAAAGAACAUCACUGAAUACAAAAACAGCAUGAAGCUAUAUUGGACAACGAGUUUUGAUAUUUAUGAUCUUCUGACUACAAUGAUUUUAAUGGAUUUUGGGGCAGUUGUUCCCCCCAUUAAGAAUUAAAAGAACAUUUACAUCA